UGUUAUUUUUCUUCGUUGCCUAUGUCAACCCAUUUCUUAACUCUUACCGGACACAUUUGUGGGAUUCUUAUGAUUGUGCCAAGAUAGCUUCCCCAAACGCUACCAUUACGACCAGCCCCUCGUCUAUCUUUGAAGAUGAUUGGUAACUUCUCACCGGGCCUCAAACCAUAUAUAUAUAUGGUGACUUCUACGGUGCCCAGGGAAAAAUCCGGGUACGGGUACCUUGGCCGAUCUUAACCAUUCAUUUUCAAUCUUCACGGCUCACGUUUGUUAAACCUUCCUGCGCACUAAAUAGCUAAACAAAUUACAAAAAGGCUCCUGCCGCGUUAAGUUUUUUUUCAUCCUAGUCCAACUAACUAACCCGAUUAAAUUAAAUUGAUUAAGACUGCAAACCCAAUUGGGUAGACCCACUGCCCCCUAACCAAUUACACGAUCCCUCUCUCAUCUUGGAGGGACGCCCCUUCACAGUUCUAAGAGAAGCUCCCCAUCCAAUUUGAACUCCCCAACUUAAUCAUCUUUUUGAAUCCCAAUUACUUGCAUCCACAUUCGACGUAGAUUGAAUUUCCCAAUUUAUUUUGUCUUGUUUCUUCUUCGCCAUUUUAUUUCCCCUCGCCUAUCUCUUUCUAACACGAUUACGGCGACCGUGUCUAUUAUUGUGUUCAUCAAACUUUUCAUUUGCAAAAGAACCCUUGAAAGAGGUUUGCUAACCCUACGGUUCAUGUCGCUAGUGCUUUGUCAUCUUGUCUUAGCGUUAUUGUGAUUUUCUCGAACCUUAUAUCUCUCGGUGAAAUUUAGGUUUCCUGAUAUGUAGUGUUCGUCUCGCCCAGAGGAUUGAGGAAGAAGAUGAAGAACACAUAAUUUGAUUCGAAUCGGAUGGAGAGGUCUCCUUAGUUUAUGUUUAUGUAUUAACGGUGCGUUUAGGAGUAAUUCUAGUUGGACUAGGUCUGAUCAUUGAUUUUUGCAGGCUUUUAAAUAAUAUUCAAACGUGGGCUUGUACAUGACCCAUGCAAUAUUCAACAGUGGGCCUGGAACGUGCGAGCCCAUUUGUUUUCUCCUGCAGUAUCAAUUCGUGCGCCAACCCUACUUUAACUAGCUUUACCUACCCUAGUUUAAGCUACACGAGUUAACAUCAUCAUUACUACAUAUCUUCCGAAAUCUUCUAACUCUUGACAUUCCAGACUCAACCGUCUCCAUCACACUCACGUCUCCACACUCAACCCCCACGAUCACUUUUUCUUACACCUACAUUCUCUCUUUCCUCCAUCUUCACCUUCCCUUGUUCCUUCUUCCUGUGACUCCAUGGAAAACAAAGGUAAAUCUUUUGCGGAAAUGGGGAUACUAUCUCUUUCAAACGAAGACUGCCGAUCCACCGCAAGUCUCGGGGACUAUCUUUCAUUCACAAGCAAGACAUCAAUUGUGGUCGAGUACGAGUUCAUCCACCUGAGUCCUUUCCCUGAAGAAGUGAAGAAGCUAAUUAAAAAUCUUGGCUGGGAAAAGUUCUUCGAUCUCCGGAGUCGAGGAAGCACCAGUUACUGCCCGCAUGUGGUGAGGAAGUUCUACCACAAUUUAGAGCUGUCUGGUCCCUGCAAUUCUCAUCUCGUGUCGAUCUUCCUGGGUCAUAGAGGCUGCUUCCAGCCUCAUCAGUUUGCUGAGAUCCUCGAUCUCCCCGCCGCAGGACACCCCAUUGAUAGCAGAAGCGAUCUUGGGCGGCUGUACGAUUUUGAGUUUGAAGUUGAACUGGCGAAACUGACGAAGGGGCGCAUCCAGGCUUCUUUCCUCCAAGAUCCUCUUCGAUUCCUCCACCAGAUGAUCGUCAACUGCUUCAUGCCAAGGUACCGUGGUCAUUCGAUUAUUCGUAAACUUGACCUGUUUAUCCUUGUGCAAGCUCAAAGAGGUGUUCCUGUUAACCUCGCAUCUCUCAUGUGCCUGAACAUGGUUGAGGCUGCUCCUAGAGGGGAAAACUGGUACACUGCCUUUCCAUAUGCCACCUUCUUGACCACCUUUCUUGAAAGGGUUGGGAUGGAUAUGGGGGUUUAUGCUAAGGAGGACAAGUGCGCCUAUUUGCCAGUCUACCGUAUCGUCGAAUUGACCAAUACUUUCAUUGACCUUCGGCAUACGGAGCAUGAAGAGACCUCUGAGGCAUCCUCAAGCAAACGUCCUCGGCUUACAUGAGAGUCGAUUGAUGCAGGGCGGGGUGGAGCGUUGGAGCAGCAAAGGGGCCAGCAUUGGAUGUCUUUUUCUCCAGCACUCAAAACUGUCAGGUACUGAGGGGAGCCAGUACAUCAUCUGACUAGGAAAGUCUCCCAUUUUUUUAAUUAUUCAGACAAAUAUUUUUCUAUGCAUGCAGUAUUUUGUGAAUUUGCCAUGGCUAAUUUCCCUAAGACAGGUGACGAGAUGCAGUAAUGGUCAUCCCUAAGCAAGGAGGUGCAAUUGCAUCCUACACUUGCUAUGAUGUGAGAAGCUAUUGCAAGGGUGCAAAUUUGCUUGCAAUUGAAAUUGGCCCACGAGUGGGGACUAUUGAUGAAAUUGCAAUGUUUUCUCAAAAUUAUAGAAGUGGAAGUAGGGGACUACCUAUGAAAUUGCAAAUGAAUUUCAUUGGGGGAG